UGGUUUGUCAAAAGUCAUCUUGCUGUGGUUGUUAUACUUAAAUGUGACGUGUGCUGUCGGCGUUUUGCCAGUAGAGUAAACGGGAAUCUGGACGUUCAUUUGAAAGCUCAUAGUUAAUCAUUCGGUUGUGCGUUAUUGAGACCAAAGAAAAUCCUGCUGGAACCGAGUUCACUAUAUGUUGUGAGUACUACAUUCGAGACGAACAUGGACCACACGAACCAUGACCAUGACCACAGCAAAAUGGCUGGCAGCAUGGCUCCUCCCAUGGUCACAGGCUCCCACGAGGAUCAUCUAGGGGGAGGUGGAGGGGGCCAUAUGAUGAAAAUGACCUUCUACUUUGGCUACACAAACGUGGAGCUGCUGUUUGCCAGCCUUGUCAUCAACACACCUGGAGAGAUGGUGGCGGCCUGCUUUGGUUGUUUCCUGCUGGCUGUGCUCUACGAGGGUCUUAAGAUUGGCAGGGAGUUCCUGCUGAGGAGGAACCAGGUCAACGUGCGUUACAACUCCAUGCCUGUCCCGGGGGCAGACGGCACCAUGGUCAUGGAGACCCACAAGACUGUAGGCCAGCGGAUGCUGAGUAUGGCACACUUGCUGCAGACGGUGUUACACAUCAUCCAGGUGGUGGUCAGCUAUUUCCUCAUGUUGGUCUUCAUGACCUACAAUGCUUAUCUGUGUAUCGCCGUUGCAGCCGGGGCAGGCGUCGGAUACUUCUUAUUCAGCUGGAAAAAGGCUGUGGUUGUUGAUAUCACCGAACACUGUCACUAAUAGCCCCCCCCCCCGGUCUCUCUUCAUCCUCCACCCACACACACACAUACAUUCACACACAGGUAUUCUCCAUUUAAUCGUCAUCAUCAUGCAUCCAGUUUUAUAUACGUUUAUCUUAUUUAAAUGGUUCACGUUGUCACACAAAAGUUGCUUGAUGGAAAAUGUGAAUUACGACUGAGCUUUUACAUUUGUGACAUUCAAGUCUGUCCUUUUAGUAGGUCCAGAAGACUACCCUCGACAACUAGCAUGAUGUUGGUAUUCCAAAUGCUGGCUUCUGUUAUACCAACACCACUCCUGUCUGGCUCCACAGCUCUGUCAAGGGCCAAACAUCCACUUCCCCCAGUAGUGCCAUUCUUCCAUUCUGUUUUUGUUAUUGCGCAACAACCAGUGCAGGUUCAUCCUUGUAGCACUGGGGCUCUAGGCUCUUCUACUCAGAGGGCUAUUUAUGACCCUUACAUCCUUUCUCAUUGAAGAUCAUUGUGAAUAGGGCCCAGAGUUUUUCCUGACCCCACCUGGGCCCACGUUAAAGCCAAUGUGUUCUUCUGAAGCCUUGUCAUAUCUGCAUUCCAUCUGACAAUCUGGGGGCGGAGGGGGGUCUAACAUAAUCAGGGUCUCUCAACUACAGGAGUCAAAGGUCAUACUUGGGAUUGUGUGGAGAUGGUGGGGCAGCUCUGGCUGUAUGACUAAGCCUUACUAAACCCUUUGCCUUAAAGGAGGGAAACAUGACAGCCUAGGCCAACUGUAGUCUACUGACAAGUGCCAGUGCUAUUUUAAAGAAGUUUGUCCAGUGGACAAGCAGUCAAGUACAGUACACUUUAAAUGUUGUGUGAUUAUAUACAUUAGUGUAAUGCAGCAGAGCGCGGCAACCUUUGAGACCCUCUUCAUGAGACACACUGCUAUGCUGUGUUCAAUUUUGGUAGUUUAUGAAUGACAACCUCAUUAUUUACCAAUGACACUUGGCACUCGAAGGUUUGAUCUGACACACAAAUGUAAAUUGCUCUUGUACAUCAAGAAGCCAAUAUAAAAUGUUCAUUAUAUAACUUGGGAGUAACUUUUGGUGCAUUCAUUCAAUAGGCUUAAAUUAGUUCACAUGUCAACACAACAUGGACACUAGUUUCCUUAUUGGAGCAAGUGCUCAGAUCCCAAGGGCAAGCAGGGAACUGGGAAAGUACGAGGAUGGAUCUAGUGCUUUCUCAGACUGGCCUAGUAACAUGAUUACUGCACCUCUUGUGACCUAUCGGUGCUUACGCCUCACAGUUCACACUUUGACAGGAGGGGAUAUCUAUGAAGUAGAACCUAAAGAGAAAGUUGUAUUUUUAGUUUCUUGAUUAUAUUUUUUUUCAUCUCUGAGAAAUGACUAGUAAAUGUUUAUCAGUUGCCUAAAGCUGUGUUUUACACAGGCAGUCUGAUUCUGAUCUUUUAAUGAUUUGGCAAUAGAGCUGAUUUGAUUGGUUAAAAGACCAAUUAGCGGAAAUUUCAGAAUUGUCUGUCUCUGUAGACCGGCAGCCCAAUUCUGAUUUUGUUUGUUUGUUGUUGCACUCAGUUAAUUGGUCUUUUGACCAAUCAGAUCUGGAAAAAUAUUGGUUGUAGAAAGAUCUGAUGUGAUUGGUCAAAAGACCAAUUAGUGAGAAAUAUCAGAAUUGAGCUGCUUGUCUAAACACAGCCUUAGUGAUGUGCUGUGCCUGGUUUGAGGGUCAAAUUCCUAGUUGCUAUAACUGAAUUUAACUGCAGCACAUCCUCAUUACAUUACAAUCAAGCCAGGGACAUUAAUAGUUGGUGUAUACUUGAACAUAUUAUAACUGUUUCUGCUUUACCACAUGGGAUCAUGUAUCAAAAUGUAUUAUUAUAGUCUACUAUACAUCUCGAGCGUUGAAGUUAAUGGGCCAAAACAGCAGUGGGAGUCUGACUGCCACUCCAGCGCAGCAACAGUGUGAACAUUACCUGGACUGUAAAGUCCACAGACAUGUCUGUAUAGUAUGACGUAUUUACAGUGCUGUAAUCAUCUAGAGAAAGUAAUAAAUGGUAUCAUUCAAGAA